AUGCAAUUCUCCCUCCUCACCCUUUUAACUGUGUGUGCCCAUGUCACGGCGCUGCCUGGGUUGCUCGAACACAAUGGCACAUGUGACCAGGCAGCUUGCGAGCGCAUCGCGCAAGAGUCGGGCUGGCUGAAAAAGGUCUCUACGUUAGUAUUCACAAAUGUUUAUCCAUUUAUCCACAAUUCGCGUUUGCUCAAGCCUCACAGUUCCUGGUGUACAUCAACCGUUACGGCUACCGUCAUCACCACGGCUACCGUCACCACUACGGAUGCCGUGACCACUACGGACACCAUCACCGCUACAGCUACCGUCACCAUUACCGAUACCAUCACCACUACUGACACCGUCAGUGUCACUACCACCUGCACUCAGACAGCUACCUCGACCGGGGGUUGGGCUACCCACGGGAGCGGGAACUGGUAA